UAAUAACAUGAUAAAUUAAUAAAUUAAAAGCUAUUCUCUCCCAUAUUUAAUAAAUUAAUAAAUAAAUUAUUAUUGGAGAAAAAUAAGCUGUACGCCUAGGCCUUGUGAGCGACGCUUUCCAGCACUGCCCACUAACUGUUUUCGAGCACUGCAUUUUUUCACAGCUGUGCGGACGCAUUUAUUUUAUCUGUCCCUGGAAAACCGCUACCUUGAAUUUUUUCGUACAACGUCUCGACGAGCUACUAAGCCUAAACCGUAAUCCGCCAGAGCAGCGACAUGUCCAGUAGCGAAGCGCCGGACGCGCUGGUGGAGCAGGUGGUCGAGGUGACUGCCUGCACGGCCGAGGAAGCGAAACAUUAUUUGGGGGCCUGUGCCAACGAUGUUUCCGCCGCCGUGGCUUUGUUUUUCGAGCAGGGCGGCGCGGCAGGAGCAGCUGCCUCCACAUCCUCGGCAGCAGCUGCUGGUGCAUCGCUUCCCCUGCUAGACGAUGAGGAGGAGGUGAGGGCGCCCAUUGCCCCUGUGAGGGAACAACUGAUCCUGCCCGAGGAUGACAACUUCUUCGCGUCGGGGAGCAGCAGCCGCUUGUCGCGCGUCACUCAGCGGGUCAAGGUCUAUCCGCUGCGUGAUUUCGCCCGGGAGGGUGCUCUGAUGGAGGAGCAGCUACAGGCUACCGGCGUCUAUGCCGAUCCCAAUGCCCAUAGAUUGCGUCGCGGACGUGCCGCCCAGAUGGUAGUGGCCGGCCAGGCCAUGGCACUUAACAGCCGGUCCACAGCGGGCACAGCUACCAGCACAUCCCGCCUCGGAGAUCUGUUCCGCCCGCCCACAGACAUACUCUACUCCGGAUCGCUGACUUCCGCCAGGGAGUUCGCCACAAAGCGGCAACGCUGGCUGCUGGUCAACGUGCAGGACGACAAUUUCCAGUCCCAGACCUUGAACCGAGAUGUCUGGUCGGACAAGGAGCUUAAGAAACUGAUUCGGCGCCAGUUCACCUUCUGGCAGGUGGACAACGACACAUCGGAAGGACGGCGCUUUGUGGCAUUCUACCACUGCGCCACUCUUCCUUACCUGUGCGUGAUCGAUCCCCGUACAGGCGAGGAAGUGUGGCGCAGUGCAGAGCCGAAGCUGGAGAAUAUUCUUUCCGAUUUGAGGAAGUUUCUGAAGGAGCACCGCGACUUCAUCCAGGAGGAUGCACCCAGCACCUCAAAGCGAUCAGCCACAUACAUCGACGAUGACGAUGAAGUGGACCCGGAGGCCUCGUGCUCGUCGACGGCCAGCUCUAAAGGAACCCCCAAGAAACGGGCCAAAGUUUUGGAGCUCACAGAGGAGGAACAGCUGGAGUUGGCCAUAAAGAAUUCCAUAAACGAGAACGGCGGAGGAGGAGGCACGCAGAAGGAGGAUAACACCGAGGGAGCCAGCGAUAACGAAAGCCUGGAGGAGUUCGAUGAUGAGGAGCUCAAGGGCGUGGCCGCCGCUUCCUAUGAGAAUCACUUGGGCGAGGCCAAGAGUGAAUUGACUGCCUUGAAGCUGCGCCUGCUCAACGCCGCCGGAACAGAUGAGGAGAUGGUCCAGCUGCGCUGGCCCUCAGACACCAAACUGCAAACACUGAGGUUGUAUAUAAAACAAACGCACAAGCACAUCCCUCUGGAAGGCUACAAACUCAUCUGCGCCUUCCCGCGCAAAUCCCUCGAGACGGAGCACAAUGGCAGCUCCUUGAAGGAACUCGGCCUGCAUCCGUCGGCCAAUCUGCAUCUCACACUGGACGACUAGGCCACUGCGCCAAAGACGUCGUUCUCAAUCAGUAACCGUUUUCAUGUGUACGUUUAUUUAUUUACAAGUUUUGUCAUCCAAGAAACCCAUUGUCGCCCAAAAGCAAAAAAAAAAGAUAAACUUCACAUGAAUUAAAA